ACCCCAAAACAAAUGAGCCCUGGCAGAAAAUUAAAGGAAUAUCAGGCUCUCCAUAAAGCAUCUUUACACCAUGCCGUUAACAUGUGUAAGACAGCUGACCCACUGCAGAAAGACAUGCUGUUUACAGUUUACCUCCAAAAGAUGUGCAUAUAAAGUACCAAGUCUAUUUGCAAACAUAUGGUUAAAGUCUUUUAUGAAGAUUUAUGAAUACCACAUCAACGUCUGGCAUCAGCUGAGCUCAAAAUACCAUCAAAAAACAUGUCAGAGUUGUGGAUAUCUUCUUAAGUCCAUUUAAAUUACUGCAGUCAAGCCGAAUGGUGCUUUAAUUUUGAAAAGAAAAAAAAAGCACCCGGACAUCCGGUGAUUUUUUUCCUGGCAGGAUUGGCAACGAUCGGGAAAAGUGGCUAAUACGCAUGCUCCGGCCAGCAGUUGUUCCCUGUCAAUUUAAUUUCCAUUUUUUUGAUAAAUAUGACCAGGCUGUGCGCGUUUGCAUUCAGCGGAGUGAGCUCUCGAAGUGCGCAGAUGGUUUCAUCUCGGUAGCUAAGGCUAGCUGCGCAAAGCUGCAUUCAGUGGCCCGCUGUGGCUGUGUUUCUUCAUCUUCUCAUUCGGCUGAAGAUCCAGCACCAUGAAUCUGUUCCGCCUGAUCUGCCGUCACAAGACCGCUCUGGUCAUUGGCACCGUUUGUAGUUUUGCUGUAGUCCUCGUCUUCUUGGCCAAAUGUACCUCAGAAACACUGAAGCAGGGUCAUCCGGAUCCCCCGGGCCUGGCCCCCCGUGCCAACGCUUUGCAGUCCCGUCCAGACCAGCAUAAUCCCCCCUCGACAUCCAAAGACUUGUCAGCGUUCCUUGUGGUCCUCAUCACAACGGGACCUAAGUACACAGAACGCAGGAGCAUUAUCCGGAGCACCUGGCUUGCCAAGCGGGACUCCGACGUUCUGGCCAUGUUUGUUGUAGGAACUCAGGGCCUUUCCAGCGAGGACCUUGACAACCUCAACACAGAGCAAGGGCGGCACAAGGACUUGCUCUUACUGCCUGAUUUGAGAGACUCUUACGAGAACUUGACCCUCAAGCUGCUGCACAUGUACUCCUGGCUGGACCAGAAUGUGGAGUUCAAGUUUGUCCUUAAAGCAGACGAUGACACAUUCGCCCGCUUGGACCUCCUGAAAGAAGAGCUGAAGGGGAAAGAGCCCAACCAUCUGUACUGGGGGUUCUUCUCGGGGAGAGGCCGAGUGAAAACAGCCGGGAAGUGGCGCGAAAGCUCCUGGGAGCUCUGCGACUACUACCUGCCCUACGCUCUGGGCGGCGGCUACGUGCUUUCCGCCGACCUGGUGCGUUACGUGCAUCUCAACGCAGGCUACUUCAAGACUUGGCAGAGUGAGGAUGUGUCACUGGGCGCCUGGCUCGCACCUGUCGACGUCCGGCGGACGCACGAUCCGCGCUUCGACACGGAGUACAAAUCGCGCGGCUGCAACAACAAAUACUUGGUGACGCAUAAGCAGAGCCUGGAGGACAUGCUGGAGAAACACCAGACUCUGCAACGUGACGGGAGACUCUGCAAGGAGGAAGUGAAGCUGCGAUUGUCCUACAUAUAUGACUGGAGUGUGCCACCUUCACAGUGCUGCCAAAGAAAAGAUGGGAUUCCAUAACUUCUGUCCUUUUUAACACGCCUGAAGUUUACUUUCAUAAUAUAUAUUCUUAUUAUCCAAGUCAGGAAUGUGAAAGGAUAUUUUUUCCUCUAAAUCUCCAUUGUUAGACCAUUUAAAGCUCUGAAACUGAUACAGGAUGUAGUUAAGUUUCAGAAAUUUACAUUUUUGAAACUUCUUGUGAAAACAGAAAAAAGGCGACUACAUCACUGCUUUUCCUCCACUUAACCUCCUGAGACCCCGGGUCCUCAUAUGGGGACAUAAGGUUUUAUCGCAGCUUAUUCUGCUUCAUUUAAACCCGUUGUCCUCAUUAGUGGACGCUUUAGUCUAAUGGUAGCAAAGGGUCAAUACACUAGUCGGUGUAAAAACAUGAUUCAUUCUACAGAUGAUCACAGAACAAAAGUGGACGAGGUAGAAAACAUUGAAUUUCACGGUUGAAAAUUAUUUAUUUAUUCUUAACAACAUUUGUAGAUAGAUAUGAUGUGGAAAUUUUAUCAACAGCAAUAAGCUAUAAUGUCCAGUACAUUUUUAUAUUUUCUCACACAUUGGGUGACGUUAUUAUAACAUUAAUAAUGAAAUAAUCUCAGUCUCC